UCGUUCGCUUACCACUUCUCUUUCGCGCGCGGGUUCUACACCUCCAUUUGACUCAAAUUGCGCUCAAGUCAGUUCUUGGCUUACGUUCUUAUCAGUUGCUCGUUUUCUUUGUUUUUUGUUUAGUUGGUGUCGUUUUUCUAAGUGUCAUUUUAUAAAAUUGAUCAAACUUCUUGUGAGAGAUGUGAUUAAAGCAGCUGUGAGCACGUGUUGGACGCGAUCGAUUCCGUUUGAAUUUGAAGGGAUGACGGUUAAUUGAAAAUGGCCUCACCGACUCCUUCGUUAGAAUCAUUGCCUAGAGCUAAUUCGAUUGGAUCUUUUGGCGAGCACGCAGAUUAUUUGUCCCUCUCUCCCUUAGCCGACUCACCUUUAACAGUAAGUGGAUCGUCUCCUCCUGUAAGCGACUCUGUGGACAGAGACAGCGAUCCGUCAGAUUUGCAUUGUUUACAGUGUAAGGAAUCGAUUAACGAUCCAAAAAUCUUACCCUGCAUUCACACCAUUUGUAAUAAUUGUUACGAAAAAAACAAAUUAGCCUGUCCGCGUUGUCAGACCGACUCGAUAGAGAGCAUCUUCAACAGUCUCCUUUUCGGCGACUUUAAUUCGGAAUCCUUCCAAUCGGCCGUUCGUUGUACCGGUUGUAAGACGAAAAAAUUGGACGCCGUCGCACGUUGCGUCGAUUGUGUUAAUUACCUGUGUUCAAACUGCGUCAUGGCGCACCAAUACAUGCACUGCUUCGAAGGGCACCGGGUUCUCAAUCUAACCGAACUAAAAGACGAGCACAAAAACGGAAUCAUACCGAACGGCACCGUCACGAACGGCACGGUGCUUAACGGAGAGAAACCGAUGAUGUGCCCGAAGCACAAGAGCGAAAUACUUAAAUUUUACUGCCGCACAUGUACGGUACCCAUCUGCAAGGAAUGCUGUACCUUGGACCACCCCGCCGGUAUCCACGAAUUUGAACAUAUCAGCGAAGCAGCUCCCAAACACUUGGAGGCGAUCACCCACGCCGUCCAAGAAGCCAAAACAAAAGCCACCGAUCUACGAAACACCCUAAAGAAUGCCGAGCACGUUUCUAGUCGUUUACAAGUUCAAUACCACAAAGCGCAAAAUGAAAUAAACGACACGUUUUUAUUCUACAGGUCGAUGUUGGACGAAAGAAAGCAAGAGCUACUGAAAGAGUUGGAGAGCGUAUUCUCCGCGAAACAGAUCUCGUUAGGCGUCGCCACCCAGAAAGGCCAGGAGGUGGUCGAGCAAAUUUACAAGACGUGCGAGUUCGUCGAGAAGAUCAACAAAUGCGCGAAUCUGGUCGAAAUGCUGAUGUUCCGCAAACUUCUCGAUAGCAAACUCCAGAGCCUGCUCACGUACAAUCUCGAUCAGAGCAUCCAAUCGGCGGGCGAGCUCGAGUUCGUCUCCAACUACCAGGCGAUCCAGGUGGGCGUACGAAACACCUUCGGCUACGUAAGAUCAAACUCGGAGGCCGUAGUGGGACCAAGCAAACAACCGCCGAUCGCGCGACCGACCGGCGGAUCGAGUUCGAGCGGAAGUAGCGUUAACGGAAGCUCGGGUAGCUUAAACGGCGGCAUUCACGGACCAUUCUCGAUAUCCGGCUGCAGCCAAUCGACAUCGCCCUUCGAGUCGAACAUAAUCUCGAAGCGCUUCAGUAGUGCCAACAGUCUUGGACCGUUUUCGACGUCCAUCGGCGACCUGAACUUGAACGGCAUCAACCCUUACGAAAAAUGGUCCAACGGCGGAACCGACAGUAUUUUCCAAAACGGAACGGAUCCCUACUCGCUGACCGCCGGCGGGGCGGACUCCAUGCUCGAUCUUACCUCAAAGCUAAUGUCUACCACAAUCUUCCCUCCAAAAUCGCAGAUAAAGCGACAAAAAAUGAUCUACCACUGCAAAUUCGGCGAGUUCGGCGUAAUGGAAGGCCAGUUCACCGAACCGAGCGGGGUUGCCGUCAACGCCCAAAACGACAUCAUAGUAGCGGACACGAAUAAUCACCGCAUACAGAUCUUCGACAAAGAAGGCCGUUUCAAAUUUCAGUUCGGCGAGUGCGGCAAGCGCGACGGUCAGCUGUUAUACCCAAACCGCGUCGCGGUCGUACGCACCUCCGGCGACAUCAUAGUCACCGAAAGAUCGCCGACGCACCAAAUCCAAAUCUACAACCAAUACGGACAAUUCGUGCGAAAGUUCGGCGCGAACAUUUUGCAGCACCCGCGCGGCGUGACCGUCGACAAUAAGGGACGCAUAGUCGUCGUCGAGUGCAAAGUGAUGCGCGUGAUAAUCUUCGACCAGACGGGUUCGGUUUUGCAAAAGUUCGGCUGCUCGAAGCACCUCGAGUUUCCCAACGGCGUCGUCGUCAACGACAAGCAGGAGAUCUUCAUUAGCGACAAUCGGGCGCACUGCGUCAAGGUCUUCGAUUACGACGGCCGCUAUCUGCGGCAAAUAGGCGGCGAGGGCAUCACCAACUAUCCGAUCGGUGUCGGCAUUAACGCGUCGGGCGACAUUCUGAUCGCCGACAAUCACAAUAACUUCAACUUGACUAUUUUUACCCAGGACGGGCAGUUAGUGUCGGCUUUGGAGAGCAAGGUGAAGCACGCGCAAUGCUUCGACGUCGCCUUGAUGGACGACGGAUCGGUGGUACUGGCCAGUAAGGAUUACCGACUGUACAUAUAUCGUUACGUGCAGGUACCGCCAAUCGGUUUGUAAACGAAACGGCCACCAUUUCCUAUUUUUGUUAACGCAGUUCGAAGGAGUGGUUUGCUGCCAUGUUAAACUGUAAUUAUUUAUUUGAUAAGUCUCCUCUCAUAUGAGAUAGUUUUGUAUUGUAACAUGUUGAUAUUUUUAAUAUGUACCAUUGUAACGAUAUGUUUGAGUAGCUCACUCCCCCCGUCGGAGUGGCGGCCCAAUGUAUGACCAAAUCUAUCACUAUUCAAAACAGGGAUAUUAAUCACAUUAGAGUUUUUACCAAGCAUAGCGGUGCCUGGGCCAUUGUUGUAUUUAAAUUAUGCAUCAGUUUCCAUAUAUGAUAUCUAUUUUAAUAUGCGCGUGUAUGGUGUUGUGAAUGUCCUUAGCAUAGUGCGUUGUUAUUUUGCGGGAAGCCGCGUUGUUAGCGACCCUAGUCACCCACAAACUUCUAUUAAUUUGUUGUAAUACACUUCGUCUGAUACACCGCGUGCCGUGCCCAUAAAUCUUUGUUUGACUUAUUAUUAUUUCAGUUUUGUUAUUUACUAUUAUCUGUUUAAGUUCACGAAAACACACUCGGCUCGUCUUAGUAUCCGCCUAGCACGAGUCGCACAGUAUGGUGCAUGCAAUAUUUUUCACCAUCUAUUAUUAUUAGUUGUAGUAAGUAGUCUGUUGAUGCUGCCAAGAUUAAGAUAACGAGAGCAUGGGAUCUCACCGACUUUCGCAUGUUGCGUGCGAUUCCAUCACGAAACUUAUGACCAAGACUAUUAGCUAGAAUUGUGCAUUUUUAGUUAGCAUACACUUACUACCUUAUUUAUAAUUGUCCUAUUUAUAUAUAUUAUAUCUUUAAACUGUUUGUUAAUUUUUGAAAGAAAAUCCAGAGAUGAUCGCAUUUAUUUGAUUAGCCGGGGACUGCGCGAUCUCAUAUCCUAUAAACCAGUCCCUCGAAUACGGAGACUGCACAGCUGAUAAAAUCGGUACGGUGGCCCUUGUGACAUUCAUCUGACCAGUGUUAAUUUGUUUUUAGUGUCUUGUUCAGAGUACUCUCUAUUUUUUCUAUUGUUCCUGUGACUUCCUCGGAUUAGUGUCACAUAGACGCACCAUCGACGCUUUUAUCCGCCAAUCGAAUUUGUUUCUGCAGUUUUUUUAAUUACAUUGUUGUUAUUAUUACAUUUACUUUAAUGGUAAAAUUGUUCUUAAAUUAAAUGUACAUUGUUUUGUUUUUUUUUGAAUUUUUGUUGUAAAAUGCUUUUUUUUAAUUAAUAAUACCAGUUCUUGCAGUUUUCAGUUUUAUUUUGUUUUCGCUUUUAGCUACACAAUCUAGUCUGCGUAGAGCACGGCACACUGCGAUCUCUUUUCUAAAAAAACAAAAAACAAAAAGUAGGCUUAAGUGAUGAUAAUCUUGCAGAAAGCGUUGGCUUGUAAUGUUUUAAACAAUCUUCCUGGGCCCAAAUGUUAGCGAAUCCUAAAUAGUUAUAGACGUGUGAUUUAAUGGUAUCAUAUUAGUCAUUAGUGAGUAGUGUAGAGUAACUUUUUGAGUAUUAGUAAGUGUGUGGCGGACCAAUUCCGCUCUGAGUUUGGAACUUAAGUAUCAAAAUGUUUUUCGGAAAGACUGAUUAAAAAACACAUUUCUUCUGGUAGUAAUGAAAUUAGUGAUACGCAAAAAUGCAAUAGUCGGCCCUCUGCCGAAUUGCCACGUUUAAACACGGACGAAUGCCGGAGUAGCAAGACAUUUUUCAGACACGCACAAUUCCGACAUGUUCGGCAAGGCCUGAUAAAACUUGAAUAUGUUGCGUUUACCUUCAUGUCAAUUACUCUAGGGAACAUUACAAUUUAAACCAGGUAGAGUGUAAAUAAGUUUUCUCUCCUGUACCUACCGCUUAGUAUUUGCAUUGUACGUUCUCGUUACUCCUUCAGUAGUAGGUGGGAUUGUCGCAUCUCUAGUCCCUACCCUUCAGUGGGUCACAUAUUCCCGUCGCACAAUCUCUUGUUAUUCGCUGCAUGAAAGUUGUUCCAGAAUUAUAAAUUUUUAUACAUUCGAUGCAUUUUGCUCAUGUUGUAGAUUGUUGUUGUGCACUGUUAAUGCGCCACGCCGCAGAGUCCACACUUCCGAGCACCCAUUAUAUAUUCCUGGCAUUGCGCUCGACAGAUUUCUAACAGACUGUGAUUAUCGGAAAUGCCUUCCCCCAAUACCCCAAAUGUUAUCACUUGCACCUACUGGUAAUUCUAUUAUUCUAGCUCUUGCACUCUAAAUAAUCUUACUUUCCGUCUUCACACAAACUGACGCAGUCCACUAUUUUUUUAACUUUCAAAAUCGUUACAUAUCUUUAGAGAAAGCCGCUGAAUUUUUCUUUCUUCUACCCACAAAUUUUUUGCUCAAUUUUUAACACUUAUUGAUUGUCAUGGGUUGAUGAGCGAAUUUUUAAUAAGCCCUCGAUGGCCACAUUCAGCAUUUUUUAAAUCUUGUGGUAGCAAACUUGAGAUUCACUAAUUCCAAAUUCUGGUCACUCGUAAAAAAACCACUUCAAAUUUUUGUAUGAUGCCAAUUGAACAUUUCCACCAUGCAUUCUUUAUUUUGUUAAUUUCUCAGUCCCUCAAAAAUGCCAUUUUAUAUCUUUUCAAAAUCUUAUUGAAAUCCUCUAUGACCCAAAAUUUACCCUUAUCUCUCUAGCUCCCAAGUCAUUUUCUUAGGAAUUCUUCCUUAUAUCGCCAGAAGUUCCUCUUAAGUUUUCCCAUAUUUACCAAGAAUACCUUCAUUCCAUAUUUCCCCAAUUUAUAUACAAAAUAAGUAGGUAUUUAUUUCAUUAGAAUUUGCUUUUUUUUAAUUACCAUUUUUCUAGGAUCCUUAGAAAUGUUCUCUUCCACAAAAUUCAUCUAGACGUCCCCCAAAAUGUUCCGAGAUGUUUUUUUGUCCAAGAUUAGCUGUACUUCCCCAUUUUUUCCACAAUCCAGGUCAGAUCAAAUUUCCUCCUAAACUUCAUUAUUUAGAAAUUUCCUUUAUUUUGUACCUAUUCCUCAUAGUUUUCCAAAAUUUAUUGACAGUGUCGAAACAUUACCCAAAAAUUUUAUUGCAAAACUUGAACUUAUAACUCUUAAGUUGACAUUUUGGCCCAAAACUUUGAUACUUGUAAGUUAAAGUUUCGGGGCCAAAAGUUUAAGUUGUAGUUGAGUUCUAAGUUAAAGUUUUGAGUUGUAUAUAUUUACCACAAGAUUUAAAAAAAGGCUAAUGUGGUCUUUUUGUUAAUUUCUGAACCAAAAAUGAAAUAAUUCCACUUGUGCUAUAAAUUGGUCUAUGCAUAUUGCAUACAAUGCGUAAAUGUUACCUCUCCUAUGUUCAAUUCUUGAAUAUACAAGUCAAUGCUUGACAGUUGUGCGACCCACCUUGCGCACAAAUUUGGCAGCAGUGUAAACAAAAGAAAUUUCAAAUUCUCUGGUUGUACAAGUUCGUGUUUGGUGUAAUGUUCAUUAACAAUUCAAGCAUCAACAUGAAAUUUUUUACUGCCGUUGUGAAUUGUGCCAAUUGACGAAAAUUGUUAAUCAGGAUAUUUAGCAGUAAACAUUUUCAUUUAAAAAAUAAUUCAAAUGACGUUUAUUGAAAAAGAUGAAAGUAGGUAAGAUUGGUUGCAUAUCUUAAGGGGUAUUUGACUUUUAUAUCUAAGAUUUAUUAACAUUUGCGCAUUGUAUAUCCAUAGUUAUUUUUGAGUGUCGACAAAUGUGAUCCGAUCAAAUUAUUAUUAUUAUAGACGUUUCUUAAGAAGUAAAGAGGAAUCUGGAAAGUAACGUUUUUGGUUCGGAAAGUAUUCAUCCUCAUUUAAAAUUUGAACGGGCAUAGGUCAGCCCUUUCGUUCGUUUCAAUCGAAGAGUGUUUGCGGUAGAUCCCUGUUAAUCCGGGCGCGGAUUAGCAAAUUUCGGCCGCGAAUUGUAAUGGAAAGACUGAUUUUUUUAAUAUCUCUUGAGUUCGGCAUAAAUAGUUACACGAGUAGUUUUCUACAAUUAGUUAAUAAAGGUGCACUUUGAGCAGUUGCGUGUUAGCCGGAGGGUCCCUCCGAAGUGCCAAUCUUUAUUAAGGACUGUAAGAGACAACCGGUCCAAAAGGAAAGUGUUGGUAUACCGUUGACUUAACAAAAGUCGAGUCGUUUUAGUCCAGUACCGGCCGCAUAUCUCGUUAUUUACGGAUUGUCAUCCGUUAUCAGUUUGUGUCGAAGCGACGACGUGUCACAAUUUAGUUGUUGGAUUUUGUAAAGUGCGCGUAUCCGUAAGCUAAGCUCUUCCAUUUCAUUCAAAAGACCUUUUCUACCAAGUACGAACACCAAAAUGUUUAUUAUGUACGUGUUGUACUGACUGUACUGAUCACACCAAAAAAAAAUACUCCCUGCUUGUUGGCUGGAACUCGCGGACCAAAGCAAGCGCGGCCCGCGCCACCGACCAAGUAGUUGCUUAUGUCUUAUUCUAGUCUAGUCGUUUUAUAUUGAAAACAUAAUAUGAUAUUGUAUUUUUAUGUGGCUUUGUACGUCCUCAUACUUGCCAGUUUCUUACCAUAUAUGUCUAAUAAGUAGGGUAGAUAUUUGUUAGGACUGAACGAGUUUUAAGUGUAUUCUUGUUGUGAGGCCGCAAAUUGAGGGAAGUGAGUUUUUUUGUGGCUGGCAGGAGUCGCAAAGUCAGUUGCGAGUCUUGCUAGUCGCUCGAACUUCCCGUUACGGACUUCACUAGGUUAUUAGCCGCUUUGUCCGUCAUUGUUCCUGCCAUUGGUCGCGCAGACAAAUCGCAGAUACUACAUCUGAAUAGCAAUAGUGAGUGUUAUUUGUAUAUUUGCAAUGUGUUAGUUAACAUAUCGUAUUGUCCCCGAUAAUGUGCUUCUCCAUUGCUGCUGCUUGCUUGUGAUGUGACGCCGCCUUAAAUGUGUACUGUAAUGUAACGUAGUUUUAAUAGUGUAGCUAACCCUGCCGCCUAAGCUUGUCUCUCUCAACUGUAAGACUGACGUGUAUUAUUGUCUCAUUAUAUUGGCGUAAUUAAAUCAAGGCAAUAUAUAAGUAUAUUUUUGAGCUGUUUGUUGACAUAAUCAAACGCGAAACUGUUGAGUGUUCGGUUGUUACACAGUAGGGGCCACGUUCGGCUGCCUGCUUGGCCUAGUAAAGUGCAUGCGCCUCUAGCCUAGCCUAGCACCCGUAUUCUCAUACAUGCAGACCCCUUCUAGACCAAGAGCACCUCACUCGUUUAUUGCGGCAGUGGACAAUAACAUGUUAUCCCCACUUGUUGGCAACUACUGUAUUUUUCAAAAGUAUUUUCAAAGUUGUUAAUUAAAAAUGUUAUUAAAUUUAAGGAGCUGCUCUCUUUUAGCGGACAUAAUAUAUUGUUGAAAAAUGGGUAGAAGAAGGUUUCCGCUCAAAGAGAGUAGUGCUUUACGUUAAAGUUUUUCUUUGGAACUCUGCACAUUCCAACAGAUGCUUUAUUUUGAUAUGAUCGUUAAAACAUUGGUAGGUAGUGUGUAUGAAUGACACUCGAACUAUUAGAGAUAUCUAGUAUUUUAAAAAUGGAGCACAUUAUCUGGCUAAUAAGCAUUCCGUGUAAACACUGUUGGUCCUGUUACAUUAUGAGAAUAUCUGAAUGAUUUAUAUGUUGUAAUAAUGAUGAAGUAUUUUUAAAAAGUCGAAAAAUAACCGUUGUGGAUCCGGACAAAUUGCCGGAAUCAAUUUAAUUAUUUACUGUUUUAUUUUAUUGUGGGAAGUUUCUAUUUUUCAUAGAACAAGUUUCUUGUUAUUAUAUAAACUAAGUGUGCCUAGUCAAUAGAGUUCAGGUCAAUUUAUGAUGUAAUUAAUAUAAAAAUUACGAUGUUGUGCAGUUCCAUCGAUAUUAAUAUCUAAGAAACAAAAGGUUGUUUGGUAUCAUUAUUUAUUAGUAGCGUUGAUGGUAUGAACGUCGACGUCCAAGGGGUUCAGAUCUCAUGCCCCCCCCCGAAAUUCGUGAGGCAUGCGCGUUCAAACCUCGCCGUUAUUAUUAAAAAAAAUUACCGCUCUUAUUUAUUUAUAUAAUUUAGCGAUUAAUUUGUCGAAUUGAGUACAAUAUUUAAUGAUUAAGUCAUAUCAGUUUGUUACAAGCGUGUAUACUGCAGUGGUGUAUCUAAUAAAGCAUUUUGUUUGCUUGAAA